AUGAAGCUCAUCGAGUCAAAUGAUAGCGUUUCUUUUCCUGCUAAUGUUGCCUUCACCGUGAAGGGGCGCCUUGUCCAUGUCAAGGGACCAAGAGAAACGCUCGUCCGUGACUUCAGACACUUACACAUGGAAAUGAAAGAACGCUUGGAAAGAACACAAUCCGCGUUCGAUGAGAGGGAUAUACA